AAUGCUACGAGCAGGCCGAAAAGUACUGUAGAGAAAGAUCUCGUAGCUGGAUUAAGUGAUUAACGAUCAUUUUCGGAUUAACCGCCGCGGGAGGGACACGGACUUGGAUAAUGGAGACUGGAAGAUGGAGAGGGACAACAUCUAAAAUGGGCUGGGAGAAACGUCUUCUAGCUUUGCCAUAGCUUAGCUUCUUCAUCAGAUCCUUCGCCUCCUUGGGAGCCAUUGGAUAUGUCUCAAGCGCGAGUCUACGCCGACGUCAACGUUCACCGUCCUAAAGAUUAUUGGGACUACGAGGCUCUCACCGUUCAGUGGGGUGAUCAGGAUGAUUAUGAAGUUGUUCGAAAAGUGGGAAGAGGUAAAUACAGCGAGGUCUUUGAGGGGAUAAAUGUCUCCAAUAGUGAAAAAUGCAUCAUCAAAAUUCUUAAGCCUGUGAAGAAGAAGAAGAUAAAAAGGGAAAUAAAAAUACUUCAGAAUCUUUGUGGAGGCCCAAAUAUUGUGAAACUCUUUGAUAUUGUCCGAGAUCAGCACUCCAAAACUCCCAGUUUGGUGUUUGAAUAUGUGAACAGCACAGAUUUCAAAGUCUUGUAUCCUACACUGACAGAUUAUGAUAUCCGCUACUACAUUUAUGAGCUUCUCAAGGCACUGGAUUAUUGCCAUUCCCAGGGAAUAAUGCAUAGAGAUGUUAAACCUCACAACGUCAUGAUUGAUCAUGAACUAAGAAAACUUCGUUUGAUUGAUUGGGGUCUUGCUGAGUUUUAUCAUCCUGGUAAAGAGUACAAUGUCAGAGUAGCCUCGAGAUACUUUAAGGGACCUGAACUGCUUGUGGAUUUGCAAGACUAUGAUUAUUCAUUGGACAUGUGGAGUCUUGGUUGCAUGUUUGCAGGAAUGAUUUUCAGGAAAGAACCUUUCUUCUAUGGCCAUGACAACCAAGAUCAACUAGUUAAAAUUGCAAAGGUCCUAGGCACAGAUGAAUUAAAUACAUAUCUUAACAAAUAUCAUCUGGAGCUUGAUCCGCAACUUGAUGCUCUGGUUGGAAGGCACAGCAGGAAACCUUGGUCGCGAUUUAUUAAUUCAGAUAACCAGCAUUUGGUUUCACCCGAGGCCAUCGAUUUCUUGGAUAAGCUUCUUCGCUAUGAUCAUCAAGACAGACUGACAGCUAAAGAAGCAAUGGCCCAUUCAUACUUCUUCCAAGUGAGGGCAGCUGAGAAUAGCAGGGUUCGUACACAGUAGCGAAGGCCUCUCUCAAAUGUGAAAUGUACAGGUGUUGGCUGUGAUAUGGUAGUUUGUAAUGACUUUUAUGAAGUUGCAAAGGCCCCACUCCCCAUGUGUACUUUGCUGUGACCAUGUCCAUCAUCAUGCACUGAAAUUGCAUUGCUUGACUUUUUGCUAUUUUAGCAGAUCGUAAAAGCUUGAGUUAUUAUUAUUAUUAUUAUUAUUAUUAUUAUUAUUGGUGGACUCGGAUCAUUAUUCCAGUUUGUCCUCAAAUUAAUCCCGUGAAAUCCGGAUCAAAGUGUCAACAUUGCCCCCCCCCAAAGUAGUCAUGGACUCGGGCCGGG